CUGUCCUUGUCAGAAGCUGGCCAUUAAGAAGAAAGAAACUCCAAAUAGCCGACUUUGGAUGAGCAAGGAGGGGCGAUCUCGGACUUGCAGCGACAGGCCCCUUGAAAGCGAUUUUCAUCUCAACAAGGCGAUCAAGUCCAAUGAACUAAGCCGACAUAUUUCGAUUGCGCCAAUUAGCUUCCUCAGGCAGAGCACAGGUCGCGACAGGGGAAGUUGGCGAAAAUGUCUGAAGAUAUUACUCAGAACGACGGCGUGGCGGCCAUGAGGAAGCCGAAGCCGCUGACUGUUGUCAUUAAGCUGGGGACGAGCUCAAUUGUCGACGAAAACACCCAUGAACCUCUACUUCCUAUCCUGACGUUGAUUGUGGACACGGCGGUCAAGCUACGCAAGGAUGGCCAUCGAGUGGUCAUUGUCUCUUCGGGAGCCAUUGGCGUCGGUCUUCGCCGUAUGGACGUAGCGAAGCGUCCCAAGCAUUUGGCCCAGUUGCAGGCAUUAGCAGCAAUCGGCCAGUGCCGGCUCAUUAGUCUCUGGGAUAGCUUGUUUGCUCAUCUGACACAACCGGUAGCUCAGAUUCUACUUACACGAAAUGACAUUGCUGAUCGAACGCGAUACCUCAAUGCUCAAAGCACAGUCAACGAACUAUUAGACAUGGGAGUCAUCCCCAUUGUGAAUGAAAACGAUACCCUGGCAGUUUCCGAAAUCAAAUUUGGCGAUAAUGAUACCCUUUCAGCGAUUACUGCGGCUAUGAUACACGCAGAUCUCCUAUUUCUCAUGACGGAUGUCGACUGUUUAUACGAUAAGAAUCCGAGAAGCAACCCCGAUGCUAAGCCCAUCGAAAUUGUCGAGGAUAUUUCGGCCCUCGAAGCGGAUGUCUCAAGUGCCGGAUCAGCGUUGGGUACUGGUGGUAUGAGCACCAAGAUCAUUGCCGCGCGACUCGGGACGUCGGCGGGCGUGACAACAAUCAUCACUAGGUCGUCCAAUCCAGGCAACAUCCUGAGCAUCGUGCGCUACCUCCAUCAGUCCCAGCCUUCAAGAUCAGCAUCGUCCGUGUCGCUCAAUCUCAUUGCUGCAUCAGAGAAUCUAGAGACAAGACCAGCUCCGCCAUUGCAUACAAGAUUUCUGCCUUCAACCGACCCAAUUCGAGACCGCCACUUUUGGCUCCUCCACACCCCCAACCCCCAUGGCACGCUGUACAUCGACGAAGGAGCCCACAAAGCGCUCCUUAACAAGGCUGGCCUGCUCCCCGUUGGUGUGGUUGAUGUCGAGGGCAAUUUUGCCCAGCAAGAAGUCGUCCGGCUCAUCGUAGUCAACCGACGAUCAGUUCCCGGUCUAGAUGGAAAGCGCUGGGAGGGCUUGGGACUGGAAGUUGGACGAGCUCUGGUCAACUAUGCCGCCCCUGAAAUCUCGAGGAUCUUGGGCCAUCAGAGUACAGAGAUUCGAGGCAUACUGGGCUAUGCGGAUAGUGAAUAUGUUGCGCACCGUUCACACAUUGGCAUUUUUAGGGCGGAGAGCAGGUCUGCGACUCCGACGAGAGAGUUGCGCUAGUUGAGUAGAGGGAGAUUACUUUUUCGAAUAGAUUGGUUUAUGACUGUAUAGAGGAUAAAAAGGGAUCAAAUGGAAUUUAGCCUCUUGAAAUUUAGGAAUGAGUGGUGGAUAAAAUCAAUGGCAAACCGGCAUACAUUAACACCUAUAUCGACUUGCCUUCAAUAGUUACAUUUGCCAGGCCGAGUCACCUUUUCCCAUAUAGCAGCGCCUCUUGAAGUGAAAGAAUAGACGAAGCAUCUGAUGAGGUGAUGAAAUUAAG